CAGAAAAUGGCGCCGACGCUGGAGCUGAACCUCAUCCUCUUCCUCCUCUUCUUCCUGCUCUCCCUCCUCUUCGCCACGCCAGCCCGGGCACAAGAACCCCAACCUAUGGAGGUGGCCGGAGCCGUGGGCGGGGUGGCACUUCUGACCCCCCAAAGGCCCCAAAAUCCCUCAGAAUACUCCCAAAUCCACUGGCGAUGGCAAACCCGGCUGAGGAUCGCCAUCCUGAAGAGGGGGGAGCUGCCCAGUUACCCCCAGACCCGCUUUGAGGGACGCCUGGAGCUCAUGGAUAACGGAAUCCUCAGAAUGAGCAACCUGAACCUCGAGGACAGCGGCGAGUUCCGGCUGUACCGGGAGGAUGACACGGGCAGGGAGAGCGUCCAGAGGGUCCUGCUGAGGGUCUACGACCUGGUCUCCAAGCCCCGCGUGAUGGCCACCACCAACGGUGACCCCCAGGUGUGCAACACCACCCUGAACUGCUCCGUGGCCCUCCAAGGGGUCACCUACGAGUGGAUCCUGCCCCAGAAGGCCCCGAUGAAGCAGGGCCCCUUCCUGGAGGUCUCCAACCCCGCGGCGGACACCUACGUGUGCAAGGUCAGCAACCCCGUGUCCUCCAGCAACGCCUCGCUGACCUUGCGGCGGCCCUGCAGCUGGACAGAAGAAUCCUCCUCGUCCUCCAUCCACACCACGCACAAUGCCCUGCUGGCCCUGGGACACCUCGUCCUCCUCUUCCUCCUGCUCACCGUGGCUUGAGGACCCCGCGGGCGGCACCUCCGGUCACCUCCUCACCUUCCACCACCACGGGACCAAGAUCCGGAUGAAGAUCCCGAAAUCCUCCGGACGUGGAAAAACCGCGGGCGCGCGAGGGAACGGAAUCAGCGGGAUCGUCCAGUUUGGGGUUCAUCUGGAAAUCCUCCUCUUCCUCAUCCCCAAAUCUGUGGGGAGACCCGACCUGAGCCUUUCCCGGGCUUCCCUGGGAUUUUGGGGGUGCACCCUGCCAGGGAGGGCUUGGCGUCGGUUUUGGAUUUCCCAAAUGUUUGUUUGCACAUUAAAUUCCAUCCUGGACACCA